AUGACCCUGUACCGCAUUCCAGUCCAGCUCCACAGGGCUUCCCUGCACAUCCAGAGCCCCCAGUACCUGGAAUUCCUCAACUGCACAACCUGGCCCAUCCUGUUGCUCCAGCAGCGGCACCUCUCCCUGGGCUUUCCCGGGAAGCCCAGACCCGGGUACAAAGUAAAUAGGAGGGUUCAGCUGGGGAGGCGGAAGAGCGAGGUGUCUGCUGGUGACACCUCCGUGAGGGCAGUGGAGGGCUUCACGGGUGGGGGUGGCCAGCUAGCCCACCUUCAGCACCUGUCCUGUCCCGCAGGGGCCCAGGGCAUUGUCAGCAGCGGCCUGAUCCCCUCGCUGGUGUGGAAGCUGCAGAGGGAGGAGGAAAGGAUCCAGGCGCUCCUCCUAGACACACUGGCCGCCUGCCUGAUGGAGGAUGCCACAGAGGCGCUGGCCAGCUGCGUGGUGCCCUUCCUGAAGGAGAAACUCCUGAGCGCCAACAGCGACAUCCGCGCCAAAGCCGCCCGCACACUCAUCGCAGUCAGCAUCCCUCUGGAGGGCAAGAACCAGGUGUGGCAGCAUGAUGUCAUCCCCAUCCUGGUGCACCUGCUGAAAGACAAGGUGGACGAGGUGCAGGCCAAUGCGGCCGGGGCCCUCAUGUACGCCACAGUGACCACCAAAGGGAAGUACGCGGCCCUGGACGCAGAAGCCAUCCGUCCGCUGCUGGAGCUGCUGCACUUGUCCUCUAGCAAGGUGCGCCUGAACGCCAUCAAGGCCCUCACCAUGCUGGCUGAGGCCCCCGAGGGCCGCAAGCUCCUGCAGGCCCACGUGCCCACUUUCCGCGCCCUUGAGAAGGACGCCAGCGCAGCCGUGCGGCAGGCAGCCCAGAUCGCCAUCCAAGUCAUUGAGUGGAAGCCCUGAGCCUCCUAGCAGGCCAACUUGCUGACUCCAUGCCUGAAUAAACGCACUG